AUGAGAGCAACGAACUAUGCGCUGUCGGCCGAUGCUAUGAGCGAGUCCCCUUCGAUAUCGGGACGAACACCGGUGCCCGCGAUCUGCCUCAGCUUCCUCACCGUUGUCCUCGCCAUCGCGGCAGCCGAUUCGGCGUUGUCCGGAGAGUUGCCGGCCUUCCCCGGUGCGGAAGGGUAUGGCGCUCGAACCAUAGGCGGUCGCGGCGGACGGGUGAUUGCGGUAACCAACUUGAAUGAGUCCGGUCCGGGAAGUUUCCGCGCCGCAAUCCAAGCCAAAGGGCCGCGAAUCGUCGUGUUCCGUGUCGCCGGAACGAUCGACAGCGAGGGCAAACGGUUCAGCAUCAAGAACGACAACAUCACGAUCGCUGGCCAGACGGCUCCCGGUGACGGCAUUUGCAUCAAAGGCGACCUGUCGCUCAACGCCAACGAUGUCGUCAUUCGUUACAUCCGCGUGCGGCCCGAUCCGGUAUCCCGCGAAGUCGACGCGGUUUUUGGUCGUUACAAAGAGAACAUCAUCCUCGAUCACGUCUCCACAAGCUGGAGCAGUGACGAAGUGUUGUCGGUGUACCACAACGAACACGUCACGAUCCAGUGGUGUUUGAUUUCCGAAGCGUGUGCAAAAGGCAGUUCCGGACACCGUUUUGGCGGCAUUUGGGGCAACAACUUCGGCACUUACCAUCACAACCUGAUUGCCCACAACGACAGUCGCAAUCCGCGCUGGGCGUCGGGCUGCGGCUACAACGACUACCGCAACAACGUGAUUUACAAUUGGGGCUACGAAAGCUGCUACGGCGGCGAAGCCCGCCAGAAGGGCGACCGGAGAAAUCCCCCCAUCGAACAUUCGACGAUCAACAUGCUUGCCAACUACUACAGACCCGGCCCGGCCACGCGUAGUGACGUCAAGGAUCACAUCGCGAAGCCUUCGUCGAGGGGCGAGGGGGAUUCAGGCAGUUGGCACGUGGCAGGCAACCAUUUUCAUGGCUUUCCCGAGGUAACCACGGACAACUGGCUGGGUGUGAAGGGCAAUCGGUUCAAGAGACUGACUGAGCCGUGGGGCGCAAUGCCGAUCGAGCGGCAGUCAGCGGAGGAGGCUUACGAAGCAGUCCUCACCCACGCGGGUUGCUCGUUUCCCAAUCGCGAUUCGAUUGACGUUCGCAUCGUCGAAGAAGUGCGCACCGGCACGGCGCAGUUCGGCGCGAACGGCAUCAUCACAACUCCAAAAGAUGUCGGCGGUUGGCCGAAGCUGAAGUCAGCAGAACCGCCGGCCGACGCGGAUGAAGACGGCAUGCCCGACGAAUGGGAGAAAGCACACGACCUGAACCCCGACGACGCUUCGGACGCGGCAAGAGACCGCGACGAUGACGGCUAUUCCAACAUCGAGGAGUACGUCAACGGAUUGGCUAACGCCGUCUCGGACAACCCCCGGGUCAUCGUCACGACCGAUGGAGAAAUCGACGACGAAUGCUCGAUGGUGCGGUUCCUGUUGUACGCGAAUGAGUUCGACGUCGAAGGAAUUGUGACAUCGAGUUCGCAGUAUCACUGGCAGGGCCACAAGUGGGCGGGCGAUGACUGGAUUCAGCCGCUUCUGGACGCUUAUGAGAGAGUCUAUCCCAACCUCAGCCAGCACGACCCCGACUUCCCCGCACCAGACUAUCUCAGAUCCAUCACCGUGCUCGGCAAUGUCAAAUCGGAAGGCGACAUGGAUGAAGAAACGGUGGGCUCAAAUCUGAUCGUCAAGGCCCUGCUGGACGAUUCCGACGACCGACCGAUCUGGUUGCAGGCGUGGGGAGGACCCAACACUAUCGCGCGGGCGUUGAAGACGAUUGAGGAGAAGCAUCCGGAUAAGAUGGCCGAAGUGGCAAAGAAGAUCCGCUUCUAUUUUAUCUGGGAGCAGGAUGAAACCUACCAGAAAUACAUUCGGCCGCGCUGGGGCGAGUUCAACAUUCCGACGAUCGUCUCCGACCAGUUCAUCGCCUUCGCCUAUGAACGUCAACGCAAGGCCGUACCUCAGGAAGUGCAGCGAUAUUUCUCCGCAGAAUGGAUGAACGAGAAUGCCCUGCGCAGCCAUGGGCCGCUACUCGAAACGUACAAAGCGCACGAUGAUGGACGUUUCAGGUCCGAGGGCGACUCGCCGGCGUUCCUGCACGUUAUUCCGACCGGUCUGCGCAGCGAAGAAUCACCCGACUGGGGCGGUUGGGGCGGUCGGUUUACCAAAGUCCGCGAGAACACGUGGCUCGAUCAUGUUGCGGAGCGUGGCUACGAGUAUCCCAAGGGUCGUUGGUAUGGCAGUUCGGCAUGGGGUCGCAGACGUGCAAAACGGGAGACUACCAAAGAACCGGAAUUGACUGCCUACCUCAAACCUCAAUGGCGCUGGAUCGAUGCGAUUCAGCAAGAUUUUGCGGCACGAGCCGACUGGUGCGUGAAAUCUUAUGACGAAGCAAACCAUCCGCCCGAUGUCAAAUUGGCCCACGACGCCGACUUGGAGGUCAAACCGGGCGAGACGGUUUCGCUGAGCGCUGCUGGAACCAGCGACCCCGACGGUGACGCAUUAACGUAUCGCUGGUGGCAAUACGAGGAAGCCGACUCGGCGGAAUCCCGGGUAGAGAUCGACAACGCGGGCCAGCAAGAGGCCAGCUUUGUCGUCCCCAACGAGCCCGGCAAACAGAUUCACAUCAUUCUCGAAGCUACUGACGUUGGGACGCCGCCGCUUGUUCGAUAUCAGCGGGUCGUGUGCAACAUCGAAUGA